AUGCCGCUGCAGGACGAGACCCUGCGGGAGGUGUGGGCCUCGGACAGCGGGCACGAGGAGGAGGAAGGUCCCGGUCCCCAGGCUGAGCGGCGUCCGCAGCAGCGAUCCGCCCCGGGGCAGAAGUUGAGGAAGAAGAGGACCGAGGCGCCCGGGUCCCCCAGCGCCCCGGGAUCCAAGCCCCGUAGACCCGGAGCGGGGCGGAGGGGGCGGCCACGGGAGGAGAGCGCCCCCGACCCGGCCCAGGCCGGAGCGCCACAGCCGAGCGUCUAUGCCAAGUUCCUCCGGGACCCUGAGGCCAAGAAGCGGGACCCCCGGGAAACCUUCCUGGUAGCCCGCGCCCCAGGCGCCGCCGCCGAUGAAGAGGAGGAGGAGGAGGAGGAAGAUGAGGAGGAGGAGGAGAAAGAGCAAAUCCUUGGGCCUCCCAAGAAGCCUCCGAAAGAGAAGCCUUCUGCGGCCGCCAAGGAGAAGAGAGCCAAGGCCCAGGGUAGGCGGGCUGGGUGGGACCUGGGCAGCCCAGAGCUGGCAACAAAGAAGAAACCUCUCCGCACUAAGAAGAAGGAGGCCGCAGCUGGGGAGGGGACCAGGGUGAGGAAGGCAAAGAAGAAAGGGCCCGGUGAGGCCGAGCAGGACCCCCCUGAGAGCCCGGCCACAGUGAGGAAGAAGAGCCCGGCAGCCUUGUUUCUCGUUGGGGAAGGCGGUCCCACCGAGAAAGCUUCAAAGAAGAAAGGUACACCCAAGGGCCCAGAAGAGGAGAGGAAGGAGGAAGACAGUGAGGAGGAGGCGGCAGCAGCUGUAGCAACCAAGAACAGCAACCAGAAGGGCAAAGCAAAGGGAAAAGGCAAAAAGAAGGAGGAGAGGGCCCCGUCUCCCCCCGUGGAGGUGGACGACCCCCAGGAGUUCGUGCUGCGGCCUGCCCCCCAGGGCCGGACCGUGCGCUGCCGGCUGACCCGAGACAAGAAGGGCAUGGACCGGGGCAUGUACCCCUCCUACUUCCUGCACCUGGACGCCGAGAAGAAGGUGUUCCUCUUGGCUGGCCGGAAGCGGAAGCGGAGCAAGACGGCCAACUACCUCAUCUCCAGUGACCCCACCAAUCUGUCUCGAGGAGGGGAGAAUUUCAUCGGGAAGCUGAGGUCCAACCUCCUGGGGAACCGCUUUACCGUCUUUGACAACGGGCAGAACCCGCAGCGUGGAGGCAGCGGCGCGGAUGUGGGCAGCCUUCGGCAGGAGCUGGCGGCCGUGAUCUACGAAACCAACGUGCUGGGAUUCCGCGGUCCCCGGCGCAUGACCGUCAUCAUUCCAGGCAUGAGCGCGGACAACGAGAGGGUCCCCAUCCGGCCCCGAAAUGCCAGUGACGGGCUGCUGGUACGUUGGCAGAACAAGACAUUGGAGAGCCUCAUUGAGCUCCAUAACAAGCCACCUAUCUGGAAUGAAGACAGUGGCUCCUACACCCUCAACUUCCAAGGCCGGGUCACCCAGGCCUCGGUCAAGAACUUCCAAAUUGUCCACGCUGAUGACCCCGACUACAUCGUGCUGCAGUUCGGCCGCGUGGCGGAGGACGCCUUCACCUUAGACUACCGGUACCCACUGUGCGCCCUGCAGGCCUUCGCCAUCGCCCUCUCCAGUUUCGACGGCAAGCUGGCUUGCGAGUGA